GCGGUUGGCCAGAAGGCCGUCAGUAUUUGCAGCCAUGUGCACCGUUGAUAAGAUGCUGAUCAAGGGCAUCCGGAGCUUCAGUCCGGAGAACCAAGCAGUCAUCACAUUCUUCAAGCCGCUCACCCUCAUCGUCGGUCCUAACGGAGCCGGAAAAACCACUAUCAUAGAGUGCCUGAAGUGUGCAACAACGGGAGAGCUCCCUCCCAACGCUCGAUCCGGCCAUUCUUUCAUCCACGACCCCAAGGUCGCGCAUAUAACGGAGACCAAGGGGCAGAUCAAGCUGCGGUUCCGCACAGCUGCGGGCAAGGACGUGGUGAGCGUACGCAACUUCUCACUCACACAGAAGACCAGCAAGAUGGAGUUCAAGGCCAUUGAGAGCGUGCUGCAGACCAUCAACAGCACCACUGGCGAGCGCGUCUCUCUGAGCUACCGGUGUGCGGACAUGGAUCGGGAGAUCCCGCUGCUGAUGGGCGUGCCCAAGGCGGUGCUGGAGAACGUGAUCUUCGUGCACCAGGACGACGCCAACUGGCCGCUUGCUGAGCCCGCGCUGCUCAAGAAGAAGUUCGACGAUAUCUUUUCUGCCACCAAGUACACUAAGGCGCUGGAGGCACUGAAGAAGGUACACAAGGAGCAGGCGCAGCUUAUAAAGGAGAUGAAGCUCAAGGCGGAGAACCUCAGGAACUUACUCGACACGUCCUUGCGGCUGCAGGAGGGCAUAAAGGCAGACUCGGGCCACUCAGAGCGCCUGGUGGCGCAGAUCGAAAGGCUGGAGGGGCAGAUAGCGGAGCGACGGGUGCGGCAGGGGGAGGUGGAGAGCGGUCUGGCGCGGUUGAGACAGCUGAAGGCGGAUUUGCAGACGCAGGAGGGGCGGCUGGAGUUGCUGUCACGGCAGAAGGUGCAGCAGCGUGCCAACAUCAUGUCAGACAAUGAUGAGUCGGACGAGAAGUUGGAAGAGUGGCAGCGGGAGUUUGAGGGCGUGGUGGCCAAGCUGGAGGGCAGCCUGGCGAAAACCACACGGGAGUUGAGCGAGCUAAGGAUUCAGCAGGAGGCGGAGAGGGAGAGCAGCGAGCGGGACAAGCAGCUGGUCAGCCGGUUGCAAGUGGAGAAAGAGGUGCACGAGAGGGACUGCAACGAGCGCGACAGGUGCCUGCAGGAGCUGUUCAGCAAGCACGACCUGGGAGACGUAGGUCCCGUGCCCCUGGCAAGCGAUCAGGCGGUGCAGCUGGGCACGCGCGCAGCUAGCAGGCUGACACUGCUGCAGGAGCAGUGGGACGAGAUGAAGCGGGGGCAGCAGGAGGAGGAGCGACGUCGGGGGGCGGAGAUUGAGGCUGCUGGAGCUGAGAUUGUGAAGGCGGAGGGGCAGCUGCAGAUGGCGCAGGAGAGAAAGAGGAGCAGCGAGGCGAGGAGGCAGCAGGUGCAGGAGGCGAUGGAGAGCAGCAGUGUGGACGAGGAUGGCAUGGCACGGCUGGAGCGAGAAGAAAAGAAAUCGAAAGCAGAGGCGGACAGGCUGGCAACCAAGCUGCGAGACCCCACUCUCCUCUCCAACCUGGAGGACGCCAAAACGGAUCUGAGCCGGCAGGAGCAGCGGCUCAAGGCCCUUCAGCGGGAGAAGGACAGCUUGGCGGCAGAGAGCAGUGAGAGGGUGACUCUGAGGCUGAAGCAGGAGACGGUCAGGGACAAGGAGGCUCAGCUGAAGAAGCUGCUGGCAGAGAACAAGAGGCGGAUAGAGGAGGUGUUGGGUGCCGAGAUGCCGUCAGACACAAGCAAGCUCCUCUGGGAGGUUGAAAAGGCUAUCAGGGCGCAGCGAGUGGUGUAUGAGGAGGCAGAUGUGAAAGCCAAGGAGGCGGGCAACGAGGCAGCAGUGCAGCAGCAGCGGCUGGACCAUGCGCGGAGCGAGCUCAACAAACACAGCAAUGAGAUGGAUACCAAGCGAGUCCUGAUCCAGACACGACUGAGCAAGGCAGUGGACCCAUCUCUUGCAGUGGACGAUUUGGACAGAGUACGAGGGGAGAAGAGAACAGCGCUGGAGGAAGCUAUUGGGACGUACGAGACAUUUGUGGGAAUGAAGCAGUUUGUGGCACAGUUUGAGCUACGGGCUCAGCGCAACCACUGCUGCCCCACGUGUGAUAGAGGCUUUACCCCAGCAGAGGAGGAACACUUUGUGAAAAAAAUCAGGACCAUGAACAGAGAUGCUGGGAAUAAGGAGGCGGAGUAUAAGCGGCAGCGGGAAGGGCUUGCGCAGCAGCUGGGGAUUCUGGAUGACCUGCAUCCUGUUUAUAACGAGUACAGGAAGCUGGUGGAUGAGCUGGUGCCACGUGCCAGGGUGGUAGUGGGCCACGUGGAAGAGGCCCAGAGCAAGGCACAGGAGAACCAUGAGAAUUUGCUGUGCCUGCUGGCAGAGGCCAAGGCGAAGCUAGACGCAGCGGGGCGGGUGGAGGGGAUAGUAAAGGACGCGGAGAGGGUGAGGAAGGAGGCAGAGAAUGGUGAAUUGGAGGUGCAGGAGCUAGAGUACCGCCUUGACACGCUCUCCCAGGCCAUGCGCUCGCUGGCUGAUGUCAAUUCUGACCUAGCUGCUGCCGAAGUGAAGAGGGAUGCAGCAGCAGGGGAUGUGGAGCGGCUGAGGGAGGAGCACGCAGCACUGAAGGACGAAGCUACGGCAGCCAGCAACAGGUGGCGGGGGGCGCGGGAGGAGAAGGCCCAGAUGGCACUGAGAGUGGCAAGACGGCGGGAGAUGGAGGAGGAGGUGGGGCAGCUGGAGGUGGCGAUUGAAGGGAGCAAGCUGGAGAUACAGGCACUUGAGCGCAACAUGGGUCCUCUGAGGAAGAAGCAUGGGGAGGCGGUGGAGGGGCGGAGGGUGUGGCGGGAGAAGGCAGGGGCGGAGGAGGCGGAGAUGCAGGGGCGGGUGAGGGGCAUGGAGAGGGACCUUGAUGGUACGAGAGCGAUAUUCAUGAAGAUCAACAACUACAUUGCCUCCAACAAGGAGCAGCGGCUGGCAGAAGCAUGGAAGCGGCUGCAGCAUUGGCAGGUGCGGCAGGCGAGCAACGAGCAGGAGAUUCAGCGGCUGAGCGGGAAGGAGGCGGAGGAGAGGGAGAUGCUGCGCAGCCAGGAUGCUGUGAAGCGCAAUGUGGAGGCGAUCCUGGUGUUGCGAGGGAUGGAGAGGGAGGAGGAGGGGGUGAGGCGAGAGGUGGAGAGGCUGAGGGAGGAGAUGGGGCGGGUGGGGAGGGUGGGGGAGUUGGAGGAGGAGGUGAGGGCCGUGAGGGAGGAGAUUGAUGGGCUUGCUGCUGAGUCAUCUCGCCGCCCCUCGCACCUCUCUCACCUCGCCCACCUCUCUUACUUCCCACAUCUCUCCCCCUCACAGCACAACCACAGCCAGGGCAAGGUGGCAGCGCAUGAGGCGAGCAUCCAGCUCUCCCAAGCCUCACUCAUCUCACUCCCCUUAAGUUACUUGCACCAUUCCUCACCGCUCCUCACACCUCUCUUACCUCACCCACCUCCACGUCUCUCCCCCUCACAGCAAAACCACAGCCGGGGCAAGGUGUCAGUGCAUGAGGCGAGCAUUCGACGCGCAGAGACAGAGCUGAAGGCACUGCAGUUCAGAGACAUUGUUAGCCGGCACAAGAAGCAGCUCAUCCAACUCAAGAACCUUGUGAUUCAGAAUGGGGAUGAAGGAGUCAUGAAUUCUCCAGGACAAUCAUGCAUUGUAGCAGGAUAUUCCAAAACGGCUUUGAUGCGGUUCCAUGCGAUGAAGAUGGAGGAGAUCAACAAGAUCAUCAAGGAGCUGUGGCAGCAGACGUACCGGGGCCAGGACAUUGACUAUGUUGAGAUUCGCUCCGAUGCGGAAGGAGCGGGGACACGCUCGUACUCCUACCGGGUGGUGAUGCGCAGUGGUGAUGCUGAGCUGGACAUGCGUGGACGAUGCAGUGCUGGCCAGAAGGUGCUGGCAUCUCUCAUCAUCCGCCUUGCACUGGCCGAGACCUUUUGCCUCAACUGCGGCAUUCUCGCUUUGGAUGAGCCGACCACCAACCUUGACGCUCCCAAUGCUGAGAGCCUUGCAAGGGCCUUGAACAGGUCGGCUCACUGA